GCACCACAUCUUAGGAUGGUUGUGGACAAUUUUCCGAUGCUUAAUCAAGAGUAAUAUGCAGAGAUUGCGAGCGCACAUCUCAUUUAUGUGUCUUCAUCCGAUCGAAAGGAUUGUGUUUGUGAUCUGCUUCGUGUACAUGUAUGUCAAGCUAAACUAUAUGUAUUUCUAACACGCAUACGUUCAAUAUAAAGAAACGUUUCCAUUGCAGUCCGACAUUGUGAAAAGGAGGGCUUGAGUCAAUCCCAGUAGAAAACAAUUGAGAUAGUGACGAUAACGAGGUAGAGAUUACCUUCUUUUUCGCUCACCUCUCCGACGUGCUUGGGAGUUAGAGUCGUUAGACGACAGACGACACAACAAACAAAGGGUACAGGUAUGCCCGGAGGGCCCCUUGCGAAUCUAAAAGUAGCCGUACUAGUAGUCGAUUCCGGCGGCGGCCAAGUCGGCAAGUGCCGAGCACACCGUGAUCAUACCCUGUCUCUUCCUGCCUGGGUUACGAGUUCCCCGUCCUUCAGCGCUUCGAAGCUUCACGAUCGCUUAAAGAGGGUAACCGAAGCUUCCGAUUUCACAAUUUCGCCUCCUUCAAAAACAUCUCUUCGCUGUCAGCUUGAUUCUUCUUUCCAAAGCCUACGCAUAUUAGCCCACGAAGUACGAUUUUCAGCACACUCGGAGAUGGGUGGUAGCCACAGUCAACCAGAAGUACCCAAUCCAUCCAUCGCCUUAGCAGAAGAGCGACAGCGUGCAGAGGCAGCUGUUGAGCAAGCCCGCAACGAUGUCGAGGCUGCAAAGGCCCUGAUGGCCGAGCUUAUAAAAUCAAAUCAAGAAUCGCAGCAAAAAUUUAUGGAGGCUCAACAGGCCGCUCAACAUGCCGCGGCAGCUGCACUGGAGCGUGCCCAUAUGGAAACGAUGGCGAUGGUCCACGCCGAACGGGCUGCCAACGAAGCUCGCCUCCUGGCGGAAGCCGCUUCUCGUACUGCCAAUGAAGAGGCGAAACGGAGAGCAGCGGAAGCAGAGGAGGAGCGCAAGCGAACCGCCGCCGUCCAAGAACAGGCCAAAAAAGAUGUCCAGGUUGCGCAGGAGCAGGCUACGAAACUCGAAGAGGCUGCCAACGAGGAAAAGAAGAAGGCGAUUGCCGCCAACGCGUCGAAGAAAGCGGCAGAGGAGGAAGUAAAGGUGGCCAAUGCUGCCAAGGAGGAGGCUGAACGAAAGCUGAAAGAAGGGAUUCAACCCCUCGUAACCCCCACAGUUGAAGAAAUUCGCGCUGCCAAGCGCAAAGUUCAAUAUCGCGAGGACCUUUUCCACUUCGCAGUAGCCGGGGUAGCGGGAGGGGGGAAGUCGUCUCUCAUCAAUGCUUUUCGCGGCUUGCUUAAGAAGGAUAUAGGAGCUGCUGCCACAGGCGUAACCGAGACGACGCUGGCUAUGGCCAGAUAUGCCAACCCUAAUGCGGAAUACCCAUAUGUCUGGUACGAUAUUCCGGGCGCAGGCACGCUCAAAAUCCCAGACUGGCAGUACUUCAACGCACAAGGACUUUACGUCUUUGACUGCAUCAUCAUCUUGUUCGACAACCGCUUCACCAUGACCGAUAUUGCCAUCCUCAUCAACUGCAGGCGCUUCAAGAUCCCCACGUAUAUCGUGCGGUCAAAGGCCGACCAGCACAUACGUAAUAUCAUGAAGGAGAUGGAGUACGACAGUGACGAUGACGAGGGGGGAGAUCAGAAGAAGAAGCUUUACAAGACUGCUUGCCAGCAAUUUAUUCACCAAACCCGCAAAAGCGUAAAAGUUAACCUUGAGGAGGCAAACAUGCCAGACCAAAGGGUUUACAUCGUUUCGAAUGAAACGAUGCUCGGGGUCGUGAAAGACAAGCGGCCGAAGAAAGUCAUCGACGAGAUUGAGCUGUUGAACGACUUGAUCGGGGAAGCCCAGAUCAGGCGAGCGCGUCGUGACGCUGAGUUCAAAGCAGAAGUAGAGAAGGCCAAUGCUGUCAAGGAGGAUGCACAACGCAAGUUGAACAAAGGUAUCCAACCUGUGGUGACUCCUACACGUGAAGAAGUUCGCGAUACCAAGCGGAGAGCUCACUAUCAUGAAGACUGUUUCCACCUUGCAGUAGCCGGGGUGGCAGGAGGAGGGAAAUCAUCUCUCAUCAAUGCCUUCCGCGGCUUGCGUAACAAGGAUAUCGGAUCUGCCGCCACUGGCAUCACAGAGACAACAACAGACAUAACCAUAUAUGCCAAUCCCAACGCGGACUACCCGUAUGUCUGGUACGAUAUUCCAGGCGCAGGCACGCUCAAAAUCCCAGACUGGCAGUACUUCAAUAACCAAGGACUUUACAUUUUUGACUGCAUUAUUGUCAUGGUUGACAAUCGCUUCACCACGGCCGACAUCGCCAUCCUCAUCAACUGCAGGCGUUUCAAUAUCCCCGCGUAUAUCGUGCGCUCUAAGGCAGACCAGCACAUCCGCAAUGUUAUGGAGGAUCUGCCAGUGGGGUCUGACAGCGAAGAUGAGAAGCUCUAUCAGACUGCACGGGAUAAGUUCAUUAGGGAGACCCGACGGAGCGUGAAAGUCAACCUGGAGGAUGCCAACAUACCGGACCAAAAGGUUUAUAUCAUUUCGAAAGAAACGAUGGUCGGGGUCGUGAAAGAAAAGUGGCCAGAUGAAGUUAUUGACGAGAUUGACCUGUUGUACGACUUGGUUCGGGAAGCCCAGGCUAGGCGAGGGCGGCGCGAUGUCGGUGCAGUGACGACUGCUAUCAAGGAAAUGAUCCAGUCUCUAACGAGCUUUUGAGCCAACGAACUUUCCAGUGAAGGCUUCGCAUUCAGUACCGCAUUUUCUAAGUCGGAGAGUUGGAAGGUAUACUCGAAACUUUGUGUUUGCUGUCGUGCAGUGGCUGUAGUAGUAUAGUAAGAAUGAAAAGAAAUGUUUGCUUUAUUAAAGUAGUUUUUGGAUGGAAGGUCUAGCUAGGUACCCGCCAUCCCUACUAGUACUGGCAGUGGUGGGGAAAAGAAAAGGAGAAGCGUAGGGCGAAGGGAAGUCACGUGCCGCACCGCCGCCGCUGCAGUGUUCUG